AUAAUAACAGGCUGUGGCAGUGGGACACAAGAGGCAGGAGCCCAUGAACCUCUUUGGGUGAAAAAGAGAACUUGUAUUUGGCAGGAGAUGAAUUAAAAUGCAGCACACCACGUGCACAGAGGACAGGAUCUACCACGCACUGGAAAGAUGUCUACAUGGGCUUAGCAGAGAUGCUGUCUCCAGCAGAUGGGCUGCAGGGCUGUGCCUGAACUGCUGGAGCCUGCAGGAGCUGGUGAGCCGCGACGCCGGCAACUACCUCAUCCUCGUGGAGAAGAUCCUUGGCAAGACCAAAGAGGUGCAGGAGAAGUGUGACUACGACCUGGUGAUACCCCUGGCUCUGCUCUUCUACUCUGCUGUCCUCUACGCUCCUCACUUCCCGCCGGGCUCCGACCUGCUCCUGAAAGCUGCCAGUGUGUACCACAGCUUCCUGACCUGGCCUGUGCCCUACUGUGACAUCUUCCGUGAGCUGCUCACCUUCAUCAGCAAUGAGCUGAGGGCCCCUGGGAUCACUUUCCAGAGGCUGGUGAGGACAGAGCAGGGGCUGCCUGUGAAGAACCACCAGAGCUCCACUGUGACGGUGCUGCUGCUCAACCGCUCCGAGGUGCAGAGCGAGUUCCUCUCCAUCGCCGAGAAGCUCAGUGCCAGCGAGCACCCCCAGCACGCCACGCUUGUCCUGCUCCUCGGGCACCUCUACCAGGCCAACUUUGGCACCUGCUGCGACCUGGACAGCCUGCACCACCUCCUGAAGUCCAAGACGCUGGAAGAGCUGUCAGAGAUCUACUCCAGUGCUGCCGAUGCUCAGGAGAUCGCGGCCUCCAGCAGCGACCCCGGGCUGGCCCGGGAGCGGCUCCAGGCCGUGCUCAGGGACAUCGCUGGGGCUGCCUCCUUCCCUGCCAUCACAGGGGAAGCUCAGCCCCACAAGCUCCACACCAUCCCCAUCCCCACAGCUCGCUGCUACACGUACAGCUGGGACCAGGAUAACUUUGAUAUCCUCAAUGACGUCCUCAGCAAGGAGUGCAGCGUUGUUGAGCCCAUGGCCUCGGAGAACGAGGAGGAGGAUGAAGAGGAGGAGGAGGAGGAUGUGGAAACCGAUGGCUGCUCCCCCGAGCGGGACUCGCUGCUUUCCCCCCUCUGUGCCAUUUCCAGUGACUCUGUGUACUCUGUGCUGUCAGAGGAGGGAUCUAAGCCCUCGCGAAUGUCCCUCUUCACCUCCUCCAAGGACUCCAUCUCGGAGCUGACAGUGGUCUCCAGGAAGUCCCUGAAAUCGUUCGUGUCCAGCCUGAAGGACUGCAUGGACAGCGGGUACGCAGAGGACAGCGACGAGUGUUCCCUGGACGUGGUGGGGAGGACGGAGCUGAGGGCGGAGAAGGCCCACCACAAGUACAGGCAAACGCUGACCAACAAGAUCUACAAACUGUUCAAGAGCAAAAGCCAGCUGGUGCUGCGGAGGGAGCUGAAGGAGCGCGGGGACACGGGCUCGCUGUCGCUGCCGCUGCGCCGUGCCGAGAGCCUGUGCGCCUCGCGGGCCCGGCUGCGCGUCCCGGCGCGCUCCCGGCGCGCUCACUCCCUGCCCCAGCACGUGCUGAGCCAGCGCCUGCCCGCCCCGCUGGCCCCACAGCACCUCAGCCUGCCCCGGCGCCCCUUCCUCAGCUACGACGAGGACAACAAAGUGUCCACCCUGCGCGUCGUGGUGUUCGGCUCCGACCGCAUCUCGGGGAAGGUGGCCCGGGCCUACAGCAACCUCAGGCUCAAGGAGAGCACCUGCCCCUCACUGACAAGGUACUUCAAGCUGCAGUUUUUCUACGUCCCCGUGAAGAGGAGCUGCUUGGCUCCCUCGACCCCCCUGCUGCACCAUCCCUCCCCAUCCCCGGGGGACCCACAGCUCCGGGCACAGGAUCCCACCUCGGCUGGGAUGGAGAGCAGCACCAAUGACAUCUCCCACUACAUCGGCAUGUUGGACCCGUGGUACGAACGCAACGUCCUUGGGCUGAUGAACCUGCCCAUGGACGUCCUGUGUCAGUCUGCCAAGCCAGAGGCUGAGCCCCAGGAGGACUCCCAGGAGCAGCUGCCCAUCCUGGCAGACAUGAUCCUCUACUAUUGCCGCUUCGCCACACGCCCCGUCCUGCUGCAGCUCUAUCAGACAGAGCUCACCUUCAUCGGGGGAGAAAAGAUGACCGAAGUCUUCAUCCACUCCCUCGAGCUGGGCCACUCAGCAGCCACACGGGCCAUCAAGGCAUCAGGUCCAGGCAGCAAAAGGCUGGGCAUAGAUGGAGACAGGGAAGCAAUCCCACUAACACUACAGAUUGCCUACAGCAAGACAGCUGUCAGUGGAAGAAGUCACUGGAAUGAUGUUGAGAAGGUCUGCACGUCUGUCAACCUCAGCAAAGCCUGCAAGAAGUAUGAAGAACUUGCCUCGAAGACAGAGUGCCUCAACUUAACCAUGACAGAGGUGGUCAAAAGGCAAAACUCCAAGUCCAGAAAAAGUUUCAAUCAGAUCAGCGUGUCGCAGAUAAAAGUAGACAAGGUCCAGAUUAUCGGUGUCCAGUCCUCCUUUGCUGUGUGCCUGGACCAGGACGAGCAGAAGAUCCUGCAGAGUGUAACCAGGUGUGAGAUCUCUGUGUGCUACAAACCCAGGGACAGUGAUCCCUUUGCACUCAGAGGGUCCCCUCUGCCUGCCCAGGACCCCUCUGAGUUCCACUCUCUCCUGUGUUUACCCAUUGCCACCUUCAGUGGAGCACUGCCUUGAAGACCCCUGUGUCCUUCCAGACCAGACUCCCAUCCAACAGCAAUCCAGGCUCAGGAAGAGGAAGCUGAUUGUCCUGCUUUGGACACCCAGCCGUGCUCAUCCAAGACAUCCUGUAGCUGAAGGCUGGUGGCUGAGCUGCUCCUGCUCUGGGCUUAGCCCAUUUUUGGGAAAUGGGAAUGUUGGUGGUGUGCUCUGGUAUCUCUCAGGGUUCCUCAGCAACGGGAGGAAAGUGGUUUCCUUGAGAUCUCCACCUGGCAACACCUGAGUGAAGAGGGCAGGGCAAGGACAGGGGGAUUUUCCUGCCAGCAAGUGGUGCUGUGGCUGUGUUUGACAGAGACUGCAAGGCCAGGGGGGUCUGGGGUGGGGGAAUUGAGCUCACUGGGGGGAUAUUUUGGCAAAUGAAUGUCCUUGGCUGAGUGGUGGUAGGUGUCCUCCAGUGUGUGUGGAGUUACAGAUCACCCAGCCAAUGUCACUUCACCUGUGACAGGUCGAGGACGCUCAGGGCAGUUGUUUGGGGAUGGGAUGGGCUUUCUCAAGGUUUACUUAAAAUUCUGGAGGUUGGGUGUCUUGCAGACAAGCAGAGCAACCCAGCAAGCCCCCAGCAUGGGCUGUAAACUGCUGUGUGUUCCAAUGAAUUGAGUGUCAUAGGCCAUUCCAGGGCAUGGGCAGCACGUUGUGUAUCCGUGUAUUUAAUGGACAUCCAGGACCUGCAGGAGAGGAGUUUCCAGUUUCUGCAGAAUUUCAGCAUUCACCCAUGAGUAUUCCCUGUUCAGCCGCUGGUCUUGCUUCCUGUUCCCCAGCACUGUUUGCUGGAGACACUCCAGAGGCUGAACCCUCAAGAGCUGCUUGAAAUACAUCAGGAACUGUGCUGAACUCAGGGAGGGAGGGAAGUGCUGGGGAAACCACUAGGAUUGCCUUAAGUUCACCUAAAGAGGCACCUUUGAUAGAGAAAGACCCAGCACCAGAACCUUUAUGACACUUGCAAGGGACAGUAGGAUUUGAGAUCCCUCUUCCUGGCAAGACUCAUUCCCCCCCUCUUCCUUCUCUCUGCAAGGCUGUAGGUACAGAAAGGUGCAAUAUUUGGGGGUAUUUAGAGGUAUUCUGACCCAAUGAGCAAAAAAAUAAGACUGGGAAAGCCUUUCCAGGUUUCUUAGCCCUCCAGCUGUUUCUUGGUAGUUUUUGGG